CAGCAUAUGUAAAGUGUAGACAGAGCAGCAAUUUUGAGGCCGAUUCAAGUGGGACCAUUAACAGUGAACCAUAGCUUAAAAGAAACUGGUUAUCUUUUUUCCUUCUAAUUCCAAAAAUCUCCAAAAAGUUUGUCUGUGUUCACCACACGUCUCCUUUUUUUCCACUUGUUCAGCAGCAUCUGAAUUUUUUUUGGUGAAGACGGGCAAUGGAUUUUUUCUUUAGAGGAAUAAAUGAGGACACAUCUGAUUGCCAAUUUGAUGAGAAGACCAUUCAGAAAUGCCCUUUUUUGAGGAACAUCAACAAGCCAACAAACCUGUCAUUCUCUUUGCUUAAUUUCUCCAGUGCCGUGAGGGGAGCUGCCAAAGGUCCAAUAUUUGAAGAUGGUUCGAAUUUCGAUAUGGCAUUUAAGCUGUUUCACGGGAAAGACGGGGUUGUUCCUUUAUCGAACAGCUCUAAUUUUCACAGUGAUGUUUCUGAACCUGACUUUACUCCCCAAUUCAACCCAUUAGCAGGAAGAGCUGCCACUAUUAGCCUGUCUGCGUUUGGUCCAGGUGGACCAUUUAGUUUUGGUUCCUUCAAUGAUAAGUGGAAGAAUCAGAAGAAGAAAUCUGAAUCAACCAACAAGGGUGAACAAUCAUCUCAGAAAGGAAACACUUCGAAGCACGAGGCUCUGGGAAAUGAGUGGUUAGAAACUGGCAAUUGCCCGAUUGCAAAGUCUUAUAGAGCUGUGAGUGGCGUGCUGCCACUUGUGGCAUCAGCUCUUCAGCCACCAUCUGGUAUGAAGUUUAGAUGUCCACCUGCUAUAGUUGCUGCAAGGGCGGCUCUUGCCCGGACUGCCCUGGUUAAAAACUUGCGACCUCAGCCACUGCCAGAAAAGAUGCUUGCGAUUGCUCUCCUGGGCAUGGCAGUAAAUGUACCGUUGGGUGUCUGGAGGGAACAUACUAAGAAAUUUUCUGUAUCAUGGUUUGCAGCAGUCCAUGCAGCUGUGCCCUUCAUAGCUAUGCUUCGGAAAUCGGUUUUGAUGCCGAAAACUGCUAUGGCGCUGACUAUUGGAGCUUCCAUCCUGGGUCAGAUGAUUGGUUCUAGGGCUGAGAGGCACCGCCUGAAAGCAGUAGCUGAUAGAAAUAAGGUAGCAGCACAGACAGCAAUUGCAGCGGCAGUUUCAGGAUAUAGUGCGACCCAGUUCGAUAGUCAUGGAGGUGUGCACUGUGGUACCGAGGGAAAGAAAUCGGAUCCUCUCUAUAUCAAUGCUGCUUCUGGACCCACGGACGUCUGUUGCUGAUAUUUCAUGCUACAGCUGCUGCAUCAAGUAUUUUAAGCAUGAUGGCAAAGAUUUGUAUUUCAGUAUUGGCAACAGUUAUGGUAAGGACACUUUUAUGUAAUGAGUUAUAGGUUGUAUUAAUUAUCAUCAUACUCUGUAACCAUGCAAAAUGCAUUGCAUUCUUCAAAUAAAAUGUUCAUACUUUUGCAGUGUUUCAAAA